AUGGCAAAGGUUUGGUUCAUCACAGGUUCCUCUCGCGGUCUUGGUUUCGGCAUUGCCGAAGUUGCGCUCAACGCUGGGGAUUCUGUGAUUGCCGCUGCUCGAAAGCCAGAGCAACUCUCAGGCUUUGUCGAGAAAUAUAGCAGCGACAGAGUCUUCCCCGUUGCUCUUGACGUCAGCAACUACGACCAAGUGAUCCAGGCCGUCAAGGCAGGCCAUGAAAGGUUCGGCCGCAUCGAUAUCGUCGUCAACAAUGCAGGAUACUCCAGCGUUGCCUCCAUUGAGGAUGCAGAUAUCGACAGUUUCCGCGCCCAAGUCGAGACAAACCUUUUCGGCGUCAUUUAUGUCACCAAGGCGGUCGUUCCUAUUCUUCGUCAACAGAAAUUCGGCCACAUCUUCCAGAUCUCCUCCAUUGGUGGACGGCUCGGCAUCCCCGGUCUCUCCGCCUAUCAAUCUUCCAAGUGGGCCGUUGGCGGAUUCUCAACGGUGCUUGCCCAGGAAGUAGCCCCGUUUGGCGUCAAAGUCACCGUCCUGGAACCGGGUGGUAUCAGGACCGACUUUGCCGGCGUGUCAAUGCAGAUUCCCCCAGUCAGCGAGCCAUACCAGAGCACAGUCGGAUACUGGGGUGAGUUUAUACGAAAUAUCUCCGGUAAGGAGGUAUCCAUCCCGAGCAAGAUUGGGGACAUUAUUCUUCGACUUUCGACUGAAAAGGAACCUCCUCUGCGGCUUUUGAUCGGUCCUGAUGCAGUUGAUCUUGCUGGCAAGGUUGCUGGGGAACUUGCUGCGUCGGACGAGAAGUGGCAUGAGUUGAGCGUUUCGUCAACCUAA